AUGAAAGUUUUAAUUGGAACAUUUGUAUUUUUGGUUGCGGUCAAUAGUGAUCAAGCAUGUGUGAUUAAUGGUAAAAUGUAUGAAAAUGGUGAUACCUGGAUUGAGAAUAAUUUUGAAUUAAAAUGUGAUAAGAGAAAUGAUGGAUCAUGGCAUACAAGAAUUACUGCAUGCUUAGCGCCAGGUGGUUUUCGAUUACUUGUAGGAACCGAAUUUAUAGAAGCUGGACAGAAAUAUACAUGCAUGGAAAAAUUCGAUGGAACAGUGGAAUUUGCUUAUAGGCCUGUCUAA